AUGGAGACACCAGACUAUAUUCUUGAUCUGGAAGGCGAGAUCUUUAUUACGUUGAAGUAUCCUAAUUGCGAAUUCGUUCCCUGUGAACAAGAAGGACCGCAGAAGGUCAGCUCCGAAGUCGUGGACCACGAGCUAUUGCAGCGUUGGAUGGGAAUGGCUAUAGACGCCGGAAUCAUGGACGAGAAGUAUAAGAAGCUGACGACUGUUCCAUUUGUGGUUGAGCCUGAUGACGACGAAAUCCAGGCUACUGAGUUGGAGAGUGGCAUCUGGGGUAUCGGCGGGCCACCUGUUGACAUACUCCCAAGCUCACUGCUGACCGCAGAGGAACGAAUAUCGCGCAGACGUGCCAGGGACGAAUUGGAAAAAAAGAUGCUCCAGCUCAUGAGCGAUGAGAGUGACACUGAGGCAGUGGUUAUCUUCCAAGCAUCGGCGAAGCAUCUUAUGGCCGCAUCGUCGUACUUUAGGUCCCUUCUCACCAUCGGCAUGGCAGAGAGCAACACAUUCCAGGCGGAAGGAAGACUGUCGACAACAGCAGAAUGCUGGGAUGAAGACGCGCUACUCUACGUUCUGAGAAUCAUUCAUUGCCAGCACCAUGAGCUUCCUGACAAAGUUGACCUGGAGAUGUUGGGCAAGGUCUGUGUGGUCGCCGAUUACUAUGAUGUCCAUGAUGCGGUGCGUUUUGCAGCUCGGCCAUGGAUUGCCAAGCUUGACCCCCAAGGACCAGACGACAGCUACCGCGAGUCUGUGAUCUGGCUCUGGAUCGGAAUAUUUUUUCGAAUGCCGGGUGUUUUCAAGGCAGCGAGCUUGGCUUUGAUCAAGGAAGGAAAAUCACACAUGCCGCCUCUGGGCCUUCCGAUCCCGGCACCGAUCGUGGAAGAAAUCAACGCCCGCCGAAUCAAGGCCAUUGAAGGAUUGAUGGACCACAUCUAUCAUGUUGAAGAUGAAUACCUGAGCGGGAAGAGGGGUUGCUCGUUUGAAUGCAGUUCCAUGCUGUAUGGGGCCCUUAUGAAGAACAUGAGCGUAUACGGACUGAGCAGGUCUGAGUUCAUGGCGCCCUUCACACACAAUAGCUACACGUCUCUUGCGAAUCUCAUUGAUCGGUUCAGGCAGCCGCGGUGGUACGAUCCCAGAAGUUCCAAGUAUCUCUGCUGGCAGUACCUCGAGCACGAGUGCCAUGAUGCCCACUUCUGGGAAAUCAGAGCAGGAAGGUUCCUUGAUGAUGAAGGUUUGGAGUUGAAGGAUUUUAUCAAGAUGGGCUGA